UCCAUUUCGCAUCCUUCACUACACUCUCCUCCCUCUCCUUGUAUGCGUCGUCGUCGACGCUGUUGUCGGUGUCGUUUCCCUCUUUCUCCUCCGCUUCCCACCUUCGACACCUGAGUACACAACGGCGCCCCUCCUAACUCCAGGCUCCGGGUCGACAUCCACACCUCAUCUCUCUCCCUCUCCCUCCCCCCAUCAUCCCUCUCAAAACCCAUCUCCCUUUCCGUCGUUUUCUUUUUCUUUUUUUUACUUUCCUUUCCUUUGCACCUCUCUUUCACUCAUUUUCUGUAUUUAAUUAUUUUCGCGUUCUCUCCCCGGGCAUCCUUGCCUCGCCGCUCCCUCCAUCAUCUUCGGGGUUCCCCAGCCAAAGCCGACCGUGGUUCGUUCAAGGGUUGAAGGCAGACAACUUUGGGGCGACGGGACAACAGGACUAAACAUUGCUUAUCUGGUGGCUGCGACGUCUUCUUUGAGGGUUUGCAUCUUUUGAUCUCGACAUUUGAAGAGGGAAAAUCCAUACAUCAGACCGUGAGAAGGCAAAACCCACACUGUUAAACAACGAAAUUAAAAAAAAAAAAAAAGAAACGAAGCGCAGCCGUCACUGACACCAUAGCCAGGACUACAAGCUUCCUCUCGACGAUAGAUCUGCGCUUUAAUUUUCGGCCGGAAAGGUUUCAUUUUUUUGAGGGGGAUUCACCGUUGGACGAUACGCCUGAUGAGACAAAUGAUUCUUAUUACGCGUGUCUAAUGGGACGAACCGAAUCAGACUGAACAUCGAAAGGCCGCACAUUCCCUCAAGUUUCAAGCUACCGGCAGCUGAAAGAUUGUUGCUUCUAUCCCCGUCGCUCUUUAUCGCCUGGAACGUUUGUUCCGUUACGCUCUUUUGAAAGAUAGUACCGCUUCGCGACAUUAAGUCGCUGAUUCCACUCGCUUAACACAUUGAACAUACGCACAAAUCGAAUAACCAUGCGCGCCAUCCUGUCAACGCUCCUUGUGUCUCUCGUGUCGCUGGCAAGCCUGGAGCAAUGCCAGGCGUUGGACACUCCCCAUGGCAACGAAAGACCCCAAUACUACUUCCCUCGGCGGAUCAAACGCGAGAUACAUAGAGAAUCUCCCCUCUACGUCAAGCGCGAAGUUGUCGUGAUACCUGUAACUGUUAUGUUGGGACCGGAUGGGAAGAAAACAACACUUGGUGCGAACAAAGUUGUUGGCAUGGGGACACAACCCACUGCUGUAACGUCUGCGACAACCAUUUCGACAGGAUCCACAGACAUUCCGGUGACUACACCUUCGGACCCAGAUAAUCCUCCAGUUCCAACUCCUUCAACUCCAUCCACGACGUCUGUACGGAAGAUACCCGGCACUUCUCCAGGAAGCACGAUGAACAACCCAGAAACCACAGCCAGGCCAUCCGAGUCGACCGGUCUAACUACGCCGGCUGCCUCGGUCACUACUCCAGUUUCAAGCAGCCCAAGUGAUGAUAUGGAAGAAGGAAUCAGUAUCGACCUCUCCCGAAUAAUUUCUGGUAUACCGAUGCAUUCAACGGGUCUGGUUCCUAACCCCACGAUGAAUUCCAAUUCGCCAAAUGGAUCUGCACCUACUACUAGACCCGUUGAGCCGACCACGGACGUUUCCGCAACAUUGCCAUCUCAGUCCGGAAGCUUGAGCUCUCAGAGCUUGGAGCCUUCGGUGACCAGGGGUACAGGAGGAAUAGGCUUGCCAUCUCUACCUCCGAUUCCGCCAGUAAAUGACACAAUCUCCAGUUUAAGUAUGAGCCUCCCGACAGCUUCCUUGAGUAUUGACCCUAUAACAACGCCUGGAAUACCCAUGAGUUCGCAGAUUUUCCCUCCAAACAACACGUCCACUGUUGAGCCGUCCGGCUCUGCUACACAAAUUCCAGGCAGUGUUACAACUACGUCUGAUCUAAUACCAGAGUUUCCCACUCUAAUUCCGCCAUCUGUGACUGAAAUCCCAAUUGGCAGUGGCACUGGAGUGAGACCGCGGCCAACCAAUACGGCAAGCAAUGGUGAACACUCUACCCCUAGUGGAAGCGCAACUUCUGCGACCGGCUCCGAGUCUCAGCCAACAGCGACCCCGUCAGCGACAGGAACGUCAACGAUCCCAUCCGGUAUUUUCCCACCCAGCGGCUCUGGAUCCGGCUCUGGAUCCGGAAUCUUGAGACCUACCACCACUUCGGGCAAGGGAUCUGCGACCGAAACCGGCUCGCAAACGAUGAGCAUCACGACAAGUGACAUGGCCAGCCCUACGCCAGCGCCACCCAGCACGAAAUCUCCCGUCUCCCUGUCAACAAAUUCCGACACAGAGAUGUCUAUUCCCACAAGCAUUGUUGUACAGCCGACGCAAACAAACACCGAGACGACAACAGAAAGUCAAAGGCCAACUGAACGACCCAAGGUCAUUUCACCCCCGCCUAAUGAAGACAAAACCCCGCCAAAUUCCGUUGUGGUUAAUCUAGGGUUCAACGGCUCUCUGAGCUAUGAUUUUGUCGUUGACCACUCCGGUGCAACGACACAAAUCUUCUACUUCCUGCCAAUGGGUGUUGCAUAUGCUCUCGAAAUUCCGAAUGAGAGCGUUAAGGUCGGGGCUCUCCGUCCGUAUGACACCGUUGCUAGACUUGGCUACACUACCACAGUUGCCUCCGUUUAUAUCCCAUCAGACCUCAUCCAGUCACUUGCUCUGCAGCUCCGGACUCCGUCUUCUCGUCUGUACAAUAACCCAGACCCUUCAGUGCGGACAAUAAUGGCUAUGCUGGAUCCGACAAUUCCUCUCACUGGUGUCCUCUCAGGAGGUAAUGGCUCACCGUCCAAUCCAGGACAGAAUAACCCCGACCAGCCAGGUGGCGACGACGGAGGAAACAGCCAAGACACUGGCCCAGGUCCAGGAGGAUCUGGAGGGAACUAUAACGUUCGCGCGACAUCCGUUGGUAUUGGUUUGGGUGUCGUUGGCGGUGCCUCGCUCUACGGUGCCGCCAUGUUCUUCGUUGCUCGCCGAUAUAGAAGAAGACGCCGGUUGAUGAACGAAGAGAGCUUCUUAACCGACGGCCUUGGCGGGCCAGCUGGACGGGAAGGCGAGCCGUUUAUGAGCGGCGCCCGCAGCGAUGGUUACGGAAGCUCCCAGCGUAACAGUGGAGGUGGAACCAGUGCCAGGACCCAAACAAUUAGCCCGCCCAUGAUGGCUGAGAACUCGCUUGGUUGGAACUGAGCGGCGAGUGAACGUCCGAACCAAACUGAAAUUGGAAAUGGCCAGUUGGAUUAGAAAUGGUCUAAGCUUCUGAGCACGCUCAACGGAGUUUGGCAUCGUGUCUGACGUCAAAAAGAAGCUCCCAUCGAAUUGAGUUUGUUUAAGUACCACAUCGCACCAUGCACACUCAAUUCAUAUCCUUGCGAUAUUGCAAAGUCAAGCGGCUACCUUAUCUACUGAGCAAAUAAGGGAUGAUCUUCAUGUCGAUUUCAGCAUUGGAUUUUUCUGCACCCGCCUAUCUUAUCCUUUCGCCCUGACGCACCUUUCGAGCCUAGUCCGCUUUCUGCUUUAUGAAGCCGGACCAAACUUUUGUAUUAUUUUUCUCCACUGCCCGACAGUGACAAGCCCAUACACCAUGUUUCCUUUGUUAUGUCUGAAUUACUGAUACCUCCCAUGUCUAUCUGUUAUCUAAAGAAAAAGAUUGCUGUUUUUAACAUGCGAGCAAAGGGCUUCGGAUAUUUCUUUUGGUCUUUCCUCACUGUGGGCCGAGCUCAUUACAACAUUUAAUCGAUCGCUACUUCAAAUUUCAAUAUGAAGAUUUGCUUCCCUCGGGUGCCGAACCGUCAUUUCCCGUCUCAAGCAGCAGUUAUUUUCCUUCCUUUUCCCAUAUGAUGCGUGUAUGGGGGAUGAGCAAUCAAAAGAGUAGGCCUUUUGCGAAUCUCUUUGGCAAGAUAGGCGGGACAAUGGCAUUCAGCCGCUUUGGAAGACGAAGGAAAGGGUGUCUAGACCUGUCGGGUUUUUUCUAAACUCCUUUUUUCUUCUUUUUUUAAACUUCGAAAAUCUACCUUUUCUCUUCCGUAUGUCCCCCUUUGGGAAGAAUUUUAAAGAAAAAGCGGAGGAGAUUCCGAUAUUAUAUCUAAUACCAGGAAAUCUCUCUCAAUUGGGGCGAGCACACAUCGCUUCUAAACCAUUUAACCCAAUUUUUUUUUUUUUUUCUCUUUACUUAUUUGAUAUCCCCUCCCGUAUUGGCAUUAGCUAGACAACUCCUUUCACCU